AUGUCUGAUGGUUCUCAAAUUAAAUUGACAGGUGAGAUAUUUUCUCCGGAUAUGGAUUCUGUUGGUAUACCACGUUUUCUCCAAGAAACUUUUCUUCUUGGAAAGCCAAGUCCACCAAUUAGAUCUUUACGCACUUGGCAGCGGGUAUUGUUUUCGCGUCCUGAAUGGAGACAAAAUAAGAAUAUAGUUGUGAAAGUUCCUACAGCAGGUGGAAAAACUGUUGCUGCUGAAGUUGCAAUUGCACAACAAUUAGAAGCUGAUAUAACUUCAAAGAUCUUGUAUUGUGUCCCUUUUGUAUCUCUUGCUGCUGAGAAAUAUACUCAAUUUUCUCAGAGAUUCCCUAAAUAUCAAGUUAAAGCUUUUUAUCAAAAUGUUGGUGGCUCAGAGUUUCAGGUCGGAUCAAUAGCUGUCUGCACAUUUGAAAGAGCGCAUUCGCUAAUAAAUGCUGCAAUUAGGAGUGAUUAUCUUGAUUCUUUUAAAUUAAUAAUUAUUGAUGAGAUUCACAUGAUCAGUUAUGAAGGAAGAGGAUCAAAUGUUGAAGCUAUUAUUGCAAAACUCCUCUUAGCCACAAAGCCACCAAGAAUUAUUGGUCUUUCUGCAACAAUAUCAAAUGAAGACUGUGAAAUCUAUAAAAAAUGGAUGGAUGCAUUUAUAUUCAGAUCGGAGAAUAGAUCUUCAACUUUAAAUCAAUAUUUGCUCUCAGUCCAAGGAGAAUUAAUUCCAAUUGUAAACGGAAAAUUCCAAAAAGCUCAAAAAGUAUAUCCACUAAAAGAAGGAAGUACAAGUAAUGUCAAAAGAGCACUCCCUUUGAUAGAAGAUGUAAUAAAUUUUGCUGAAAAUGCAAAUGUUUUAUAUUUUGUAAACACAAGAAGAGAAGCAGCUUCUGCAGCAAAAUUUUUGGCAAAACACAUCAAAAUUGAGACGAAAAAUGACUAUAUAAUAAAAAUGAGAGAAGAAAUCGCAGUGAAUUUAACGAGAUUUGCUCAAGGACAGACUGAUUCAUCAGAUUUAGCACCAUUAGUAUUGAAAGGAGUUUCAUAUCAUCAUGCAGGGUUGUUAGUUGAAGAAAGGAAACUUGUUGAAGAAGGAUUUCGAAAUGGCGCAAUUUCUAUUGUUGUUGCGACGACAACUUUGAGUGCUGGCAUUAAUUUCAUUAAUGUUGCUUUAGUUAUAAUUGAUACAAUUUAUAGAAGAAACUACCAGAAGCCGCCUACAAUUAUGACACCUUCUUUGUACACACAAAUGGCUGGAAGAGCAGGAAGAACAGAAGAAAAUCCUGGAAUGGCUGUUACUAUUGAAAGUGGAAGUUUUGCUAAUGAAAGAGAGAUAAUACAAGAACUAGCAAAUAGGAAAAUAGAAAGUAUUCAAAGUCAUCUAUUGGAAGCAAGCGAAUUUGAUCGAUAUUUCCUCCAAGUAAUUUGUUUUUCAAAACUUGACAAAAAUCUUUACAAAAACUUUCCUUUGUUUUCGUUUUAUGCGGCUAAAAAAGGAAUGACAGAAGAAGAAUCACAGAAUAUUAUUGAUGAAUCUAUCAAGAGAUUAAAGAACUUGUCAUUAUUGAACGAAAACGAAGAUCCAACAGAUUUAGGAAGAGGUAUUGCAUUGGCGAAUAUGAGUAUUGACGAAGGAUUAGAAGUUUACAAGUUUUUGCAAAGGGCAAAUACAUCAUUGGAUCUUAUUGAUAAAAUACAUUUGAUGUUCCUUUGUACUCCAGCACAAAAUGACUUCUCUGUACCUGAAUAUUCCAAUCAAGUUUGGGAAGAUAUCUUCAAAAGACAUUCAACAGUAAUUGAAACGAAAUUAGGAGUCAGAAAAGAUGAAUUUGAAAAGAAAAUUAUUAUGUCAAUAAGAGGAAACAAUGUGAUGAACUUAGAUAACAUUGAUACUAUCUUUCAAAGAUUGUUUGCUUCCAGCAUUUUACUUGAUUUGACUGAUGAAAUUGGCAUUAAACAAAUUGAAGAAAAAUAUGGAGUUGCAAGAGGCCACUGCCAGUCAUUACAAAGAAAUGCUCAUGCAUUUGCAGUACAAGUAAUGAAGAUUUGUAAUUCAUGUGGAAUGCCAAUGUUGGAAGCAGCUAUUAAUCAAUUUAGAAAAACAAUUUUGUAUGGAGCAAAAAGUGAAUUGCUAAGUUUAAUGCGAAUUCCAGGAAUACCAAGAUUUGAAGCCAGAUUAUUGUUCAAUUCUGGAAUGGAAAGUCCAAAUGAUAUCAUGUCACAUUCUAUUGUUGAUAUUGCAAAAAUUAUCAAAAGCAAUGAAGUAAACGAUUUGGAAACUUUUCAAAGAGCUUCUGAAAUUAUCAAAGGAGCUAACUCGGUUGUUGAUGUAGAUAAUCAAGUGUUUGAACUUACACAACGCGAUAAUUAG